UGAUUCACAAUGCAAGGCAUGGAGCUCUGACUUCAACAAGGAUUAUCCUAUGACUUAGGCUGCUAUAGCCUGCUUUGUAUUUGCUGGAUUUCUUUUGUAGAGCGUUGGAAGCAGAACUUGUGGGUGGAGGAUUCUUGCAACAGAAUGGAUUUUUGACUGAAGCAGCAUUGGUGGACCGUCCAGUGGGUGUUACAGAUUGUAAGCUUUCCAAAAUAACACCCUUUCUUCAGAUAUUACAUAAGGUCUCUGGUUCUGUUCAUCAUUUGGGAUUUAAAGUUCUGCCUUCUACAAAAGAACCUCUUGAUCUUAUGGUUCUUGUGAAUCUCUUGUUGUUGGGUGGUGAGAUUUUGCUUACAGAUGGCAAUCUAACAUGACUUUGAGGACAUCAGGAUUUUGAUAGUUUUUUCAAGACUGUGUCUGUCUUCUCACCUGCAUAAAAUAUCUUAUUCUUCUAAAGCUUUAAGGAUACCUUGUUUUUGAUGGUUUCUUCAAGACUCUGUCUUCCUACCUGCAUACAAUAUCUAAUCUUCUAAGACUUUGAGGAUACCUUACUUUUGAUAGUUUCUUCACGACUCUGUCUGUCUUCCCACCUGCAUACAGUAUCUGAUCUUCUAAGACUUUGAGGAUACCUUACAUUUGAUAGCUUCUUCAAGACUCCAUCCAUCGUCAUUUCAUGGUCCUGUAAAAAAAAAAUCCACUGUCUCGCAAUAUCUAGGUUCUGUAGUCACUCACUGCGUGACAAGUCUGGCUUGCCUUUGCAUGUGUUAGCAUAAGCUUGAACGAUACCAUGUCCACUGAAGCCUGUCCCCUGAGUGAGGCACAGAUCGCACUGUGCAGGUUGGUCCAUCGUGGCCCCAGACCUCAAGCCACACUGAAACCUCUUCGAAUGGAGCUGGGACUCUAUGUGGAGAAGACUCGUGUUAAACAGAAACACAGGAUGGAGGCAUCUUGUCUGGAACUGGCUUUGGAAGGAGAGAGGCUUUGUAAAGCAGGAGAUUUUAAAGGUGGGACAGCGUUCUUUGAGGCUGCUGUUCAGGUGGGGACCGAAGAUCUAAAGACCCUGAGUGCCAUUUACAGCCAGCUGGGCAAUGCAUACUUCUACCUCAAAGAGUACGGCAAGGCUCUUGAGUACCACCGACAUGAUCUCACGUUGGCCAGGACAAUAGGAGACAGGAUAGGGGAGGGGAAAGCGAGCGGGAACCUGGGCAACACUCUGAAGGUCCUUGGACGCUAUGACGAAGCGGCUGUGUGCUGUCAGAGACACCUGGACAUCUCCCAGGAGCAAGGAGACAAGGUUGGAGAGGCCAGGGCUCUGUAUAACAUCGGUAAUGUUUUCCAUGCUAAAGGAAAACAGCAGCUGUGGGGCUGCUCGCAGGAGCCUGGAGACCUGCCAUCCGAUGUUAGAGAUACCCUGCAGAGAGCUACUGCUUUCUACGAAAUGAACCUCUCGUUGGUGAAAGAAUUAGGGGACCGUGCGGCCCAGGGCCGGGCUUUCGGUAACCUUGGCAACACCCACUACCUGCUGGGUAAUUUUGUCGAAGCCAUCAAGUUCCACCGGGAGAGACUUUCCAUCGCCAAGGAAUUUGGUGAUAAGGCAGCGGAACGGAGAGCGUACAGCAAUCUGGGCAAUGCUCUCAUUUUCUUGGGCCAGUUCACCUCCGCAACAGAGUAUUACAGGAAGACGCUGCAGCUGUCCCGGCAGCUGAAGGACCAGGUGAUGGAGGCGCAGGCGUGUUACAGUCUGGGGAACACAUACACACUGCUGCAGCAGUACGACCGCGCCAUUGACUACCACCUCAAACACCUGCUCAUCGCACAGGAGCUCAACGACAGGGUUGGGGAAGGCCGUGCAUGCUGGAGUCUGGGCAAUGCUUACGUGUCUUUAGGAAACCACAGACAGGCCCUGCACUAUGCCCGUAAACACCUCGACAUCUCAAGAGAGAUCGGGGACAGGAAUGGAGAGCUGACAGCCAGGAUGAACGUGGAGCAGCUGAUGGAGGCUCUUGGGGUGAAAGAGGGGGAUCUGUCUCCAUGUGGUUCAGAGUUUGAGAUGCAAGGAGCCAGGCCAAAGUUCACCAAGAGGAACAGCAUGGACAGUGUUGACCUUUGGAAGUACAGUUCUGAAAAGAAUGGAGAUGGACAGGAAGUGGACGGGAUGUCCAGAAGGUCUAAAAGUCAGAUGUCUCAGUCCAGCCGGAGGAAGGGCUAUUCAGACAGCCAGUCAUCAGACGACAGACAGUGGCUGGACUCGCCUGUGGACACGGAUGACAUCACUGUGCAAGUGCCACCUCCGAAGCUGGGUCGCGACCCCUCCGAUGAAGACUGCUUCUUUGAUCUGCUCAGUAAGUUCCAGAGCAGCCGCAUGGAUGACCAGCGCUGCCACCUUGACGAGGGAGCAAACGGACAGGAUGCAGGCGGUUCCUCCAGAGACUCCACCCUCAACGACAUGCUCGAAGCCAGCCUCCUCACCUCUCCUCAGACGGAAGAACUCUUUGACCUGAUUGCGAGCUCUCAGAGCCGGCGGCUGGACGACCAGCGAGUGAGCGUCGGCAACCUACCAGGUCUGAGGAUCACCCACAAUAACCUGGGCCACCUCUGCGCUGACCCCGACCCACAAGAGCCCAGCGAUGACUUCUUCAACAUGCUCAUCAAGUGCCAGUCCUCCAGAAUAGACGACCAGCGCUGCUCUCCUCCCGAGGGGGGACCGCGAGCCCCCACCGUCCCGGACGAAGACUUCUUCAGCCUGAUCCAGAGGGUCCAGGCCAAAAGGAUGGACGAACAGCGCGUCCAGCUGCCCUCAGACAACCAGGGCGAGAGUGACCAGCAGGAUAAUGAUGAGUCUGCUGUUGGGGAUUCCAGCUAAGCAUGUCCAGCUGAGGAGGGACGAAGAAAGCGAGAGAACUGAGCCUGAAACUGCAAAAGCCAGGACUGAAUGACGGAGGAAGGGAUUUCAAUCACGACUAUGUUCUCUCAAGCUGACGAGAGGAGCUCUGAAGUACGAUUCGGCGAGACGGCGACGUGCGUUUGCCGACUUUAAGUGCGCACCUGGUGAUCAAAUAGCAUUGAGUGUUAGCGUUAGCAUUGAGCCUCACUGGGUGCACCAUUCUAAAUGCACCUUACAUGACUUAUUAGUCACAAACGACCAGCAGCGAUUGCUCAAAUGCUAAGUGAUUUCAUCGAACUGCCCAUGCGCCAUUAGCCUACUUCUGGGCUAGUAUUGAAGUGGGGACUAGCUAGUGGCUAGCGGCUAACUACUGAGAUCUAUCCCACGUUUCUGAAACAUCGCUAUUGCUAAAGUCUCCAAAUCUCUGAUUUGGAAGUGCCACAGGACUUUUGUUGUGUUCCUCUUGCAUAUACUGCCUUAAUUCAAUUCACGGACUCCGAUUGUAUUCUCUAGUGCUGGAUACUCUCUUCGCAAGUGUGUUUUCAAAGAAGCUUCAUUUAGUUUCAGACGACAGUGUUACUAUUCCAGAGGCCGUGGCAUGUUCAGUCUCAGUGUUAGGUAGCUGCUAUCUUUACCCCUUUUUUGAAACCAGAGUACAUUUCGAACUCAGCAUUGUUGUUUAUUGUCCAGGGUGAGUCAAAAGUCACGGGACACCGUUUUAUUUUAUUGUUUAUGCUGUCACAAGCCUCCACGAUGCGGUGCUGAAGGUGGUGUUGCAAUUUUUCUCAGCAUAGACAAUUUGUUUAAGAUGACCCCAGAGAUAAAAAUCGAUAAUAAAAUAAAAAAUAAAAUGAAACCUGUCCUGUGACUUUUGACUCACCCUGUAUCGUUUAUACGCCAUCAUUGUAAAAACCUCAUUUGGAAUAGGGCUGCUUUUUUGGCUUUCGUUUUCUUUUUUAUGUUAAGGAUCAUGUAAAGUGUGUAUUUAUUGCAAUGGUUAAAAAAGACUGACAUUAGCAAAGACUGUGAAUAAUCUACAGUUUAAAAUAUAUAGUAAUUAUGGCAGACAGGGCUACAUAAAAUGGUGCAACAAGCAUGCUUGAAGAAAUCUUAUAUAAGCUCCCACAAGAGCGACUCAGUCUAACUGCAUCAAUGUUGGUUCAUAAGUGAUGCUUUUCCAAAGUGGUCCACUAAUGCAGUUGAGUAAUAUCGACAGGCCGCUUAACAUGCUAGUUGUGAUCGGUUGCUCCCAUGUUUUCUGCUGUUGCUCUGAUUUCAGCUCAGCCUUUGAAGGGGAAUUUCACCUCUUUUUCAAAUUUCUGCUAAAUUGUCAUUCAGAGUGGUUUGGUGUGAAAUGGUUCAUUGUAGAAACUCUGAUUUCUUUACAGUGGUGGUGAUUGGAACCAGGCGUCGCCAUGACUACAACACAGAUAUAGACAUUUUUAAUCUAAUUUUGUAAUGUAAUGUUGAUGGUAAACUAGAUCCGAAAAAAAAGUUUGGGACUGUUUUGUCCCACAACGGCCUGCUUGUACCAAUCCGCCAUGAAUAUGAAUUAAAAGUACUUUUAAUCCAAAAUCUUCUCAGGCAUCAGGCAGCCUAUUCAUAACCAUUACAUCUGAGGGAGCUUUUAGAGGUGGACGCCUGGUUCCUAUCACAACCACUGUAAAAAGUUCUGACUCUCAAGUUUUUCACACCAAACCACUCUGAAUGACUCUGUUUACACCUUAACCAUUUAGUUAUUAUUAUUAAUCAUUUAAUGCAGAACUUUUAGAAGUUUGGUGGAAGUCCCCUUUAAGCCCAGUUCCCACUUAUCUGACAGAGGCAAAACAAAGAGAUUUAGUACAUUGUAGAUGGCAGUUCUGAAAACGGUCACUAAAACCCAGCAUCCACUCUGUAACAACAGUUAAAGAGUACAUUUUUUGACAUACAAGAUGAUAAAAUACACCACUGUUCAGUAAAUAAUUCAGUUUAGGGUUAAAAUGAAUCACAAUAAACACUUUAUUUCACCAAGAAAUGUGGGCUAGGGAUGCAAGCAACCACAUUAAGGCCCACUACAAAGCAAAAUGUUUACUUUGAAGCAUUAAAGGACCCAAGGAUAAUCACAUUUUCCCUAAUUUAAUCAAAUUGGAGUUUAAAGCCUAUUCUGAACUCAGCUUUUAUGAUGUCACAAAAACAAGCAUAUUAAUAUAUAUCCACCUAUUCCGCCCACAGCAAUUUAGCCACACCCAUUCACAUUGAAAUUUCUAAGAAGUGUUUAAGCAAGUAGUUUUUUGAAUGAAGUGCAAUACAGGGCAGCCAAUCAGAACAGAGGUAAUUUACAUGUUUUCCUUUUUAAAGGCACAGUCUGUUUAAUUCUAAGUGAUGAAGAGAAAUUGUAAAAUGCUUAUGUAAAUCAAUUAUGACUCUUUAUGGCACAUAAAACCUUAUAAAUGGACCUCGAGGAAAAAUAAAAUACAAGAGAAAUGUAGGAUAUGGGCCCUUUAAUACAAAAUUCAACUCUUAAGACAUUUUAAAACAGUUUUGCGUGGUGGGAUGAGAGCGAACUGGGCUUUAAGCGCGUUUAAACUCCUCUGACCGCUGCACCUGGAGCAGCCCAACAGUCAGUGAGUGCACUGCCACCUUGUGUUUAUGAGUGUCUGAGUCAGCUGACGUUUUUAUUGGCCUCUUUUCUGGAGCAGUGUUGAAAUACUUGCUCCGAGAUGUAAGAGAUUCAAGCACUUUUUAAUGAUGUAAAUGCAAGAAAAUUGCUGUGUAGAUGUAUUCAUUCAGUUUUUUAGGCCUACUUUAACUGUUUAAUUUGGUUUUCCCCGUAAACUGAUGUUAGUGCCUAGUGUGAAUAUGGACAGUCAUCUUUUAGUCAUCGCUGCAUUUUAGGCCCCAGUUAGAUUCAGUGGACCUACAGAGACAGAAUUAUUAUAUAUAAUAUUAUAUACACCUUAAAGGCAUCCACAAUUGUACACAAUACUGACAUAUAGCAAUUGAGUAAGUUUACACAUUACUGAUGUCCAAUUAGUUUAGCUUUUAAAAAAAAAAAGAAUUUAACAUUUUAAUGACUAUAUUUUACAUAAGCCUGUUAUGAUUUAAGAGAAAUAUAACUGGUAACUCUUUGGCGCAGGGCAAACAUAAGAAACAGCAAAGCUUUUUGCUCUUUAUCUGGCUGAAGUAUAAGCUGUAAUUUUUUUCCCAUCAUUUCAACACUUAAUAUAACGAAUAUAUGAUACUCUAACAGGAGAUUCGGUACGCUUUUGAAAGGUCACUGCCAUAAUGUCCAUUUUUGUAUUUAUUUUGUUUGUGGACAUGCACGUCCACUUGUUGUAAUAAAACAUUGAUGAAACAUUA